GGAGCCCGCGCCGGCAUCCGGCGACAUCUGAGCCGGGGCGGCCAGAGUUUUCCGUCCGGGCUCCGAGGCCGCCCUGUGCUGCGGGCCUGCAGCUCUCCCUGGAACGAUGGAGCGCGACCCCGGGCGGGGACGACCUAAGACGUGACUUUCCGGGGCGCGGGGCCCCGAGGUCGCGUCGUUCCCCGGACACGCCAAAGUCGCCGGGCGCUGGGCUGUGCGGGGCACCCCCGCCUCCCCGGCCGACGUCCCCGCAUGUCAGGGUUGCGUUUUCCCGCGCUUGGGCGUUGGGCGUUUGUGUCUCUAGUGAUCCCUGAGAAGUUCCAGCACAUUCUGCGAGUACUCAACACCAACAUCGAUGGGCGGCGGAAAAUAGCCUUUGCCAUCACUGCCAUUAAGGGUGUGGGGCGGAGAUAUGCUCAUGUGGUGUUGAGGAAAGCAGACAUUGACCUCACCAAGAGGGCUGGAGAACUCACGGAGGACGAGGUGGAACGUGUGAUCACCAUCAUGCAGAAUCCACGACAGUACAAGAUCCCAGACUGGUUCUUGAACAGACAGAAGGACGUGAAGGAUGGGAAGUACAGCCAGGUUCUGGCCAAUGGUCUAGACAACAAGCUGCGUGAGGACCUGGAGCGUCUGAAGAAGAUUAGAGCCCACAGGGGGCUGCGCCACUUUUGGGGCCUUCGUGUCCGAGGUCAGCACACCAAGACCACUGGCCGCCGGGGCCGUACUGUGGGUGUUUCCAAGAAGAAAUGAGUCCCUGGGCCUUUGCUGUUAAUAAAAGUUUAUAUGCCUGUG